AUGGGAUUGGCAUCUUCGACACUUCUAGAGUCCUUCAUGGAAGGCACGAAUUUUGAUCGCGAGGAAAUAGAUAGACUAAGAAAACGGUUCAUGAAACUUGACAGCGAUGGAAGUGGAGCGAUCGACAAGAAUGAGUUUCUAGCCAUACCUGGUAUUUCAUCAAACCCCCUCUCAAGCCGGUUGAUGGACGUUUUCGAUGAGGAUCACGAUGGAACCAUCGACUUUCAAGAAUUUAUUACCGGCCUUUCAGCCUUCAGUGGUAAAUCAUCUCGUGCUGAUAAACUUCGCUUUGCAUUCAAGAUAUACGAUAUCGACAGAGAUGGGUACAUCGGUAAUGGCGAGCUUUUCAUAGUAAUGAAGAUGAUGGUGGGCAAGAAUUUACAAGACGAAGAACUACAACAGAUUGUGGAUAAGACGAUUCUGGAAGCUGACGCUGAUGGAGAUGGUCGUCUAAGUUUUGAAGAGUUUCAGAAUGCGGUCGACUCGACCUCUGUGGCGUCUGCAUUGACUUUGAAUAAUAUUUAG